CGCCAUCCCAAGAACCUAGUGACGUCACAUACAAUGUCAGGAAGUAACUGUAGCAGUAAGAAACACAAUUGAUGGUGCCGAAAUGUGAAACGGAAGAUCGUCUGCGCCCUGUUAGCGCCCGGUGUACACGAGCAGACGACGGCCUGCUACCCCCGGGCAAAGGUCAGCCCGUGAGGGUGGCGGCUGGAACUGCGGCAGGUUAGCCUGGCACUCACACGGUGCCACCACGCCAUCACCGCUCGCCGCGCAGUCAGUGACAGCCGCUGAAGUCACCGACAGCCACCGUUUGUCGCCAGUUUGCCAGCCCACUCAACGCUGCUGAUUAACUUUUAUCAACUUUUAAGUGGAUGCUGUCUAAAUCCGAGUGGAUAAUAUAAGCGUGGAUAACAACACGAGUACUGGAUGGCUUCACGAAGUGGAUAACUCAUUGUUUUAGUGUUUGAAUACACCACCUAGCCUGCAGGGGUACACAAGACUGUAUGUACAGCUCGUCAAGCUGAGCCUCGCUUGGACGCCAGCCAGACGAGUCACGUGGGGUGCUGUAUGAUCCCGCCCCUAUGAUUAGAUAACUCACGUCCAAGCAAAGCAUGGGUGGCGCCACAAGGACGGACAUGAUGACGUCAUCAAGCUUGUGUGUGCUGGCAGCAAGUUGUCUUCUGCUCACGCUGACCUACACGUGCGCUGACACGAGCGUCGCAGACGUCAGGUACGGCGUUCUGCUGGACGCUGGGAGCUCCAGCACUAAGCUCAAGGUAUACAGUUGGGUGUUACCGUCUGGCAAGUCUGGCCUGCCAAAGAUUGAUCUGGUCAACGGUAAAAGGUCGACCUUCCCACCUGGGCUGGACGACUUCAAGAGAAACGUCACGGCCAUCCACGGCUACAUGGAACAGAUCCUGUCGUCUGCCGUCUCCCGCGUCCCGCCCCACCUCAUCGCGGACACGCCCAUUUUCCUCAUGGCCACGGCGGGGCUCCGGUACAUGACCGCUGAAGACGCCAACGAUUUGCUGCAGACGACCAGGUCGGUGCUGGCCAACUCCACCCUCAACCCCUUCCUCUACGACCCCUCCCGCAUCAGCCUGUUGUCCGGGGAGGAGGAGGGCGUGUUCUCCUGGAUAGCGGCCAACUACAUCUCUGGCUUCUUCUCGGCUCACGCCCCCAACAAGUCUGUGGGGGUGCUAGAGAUGGGGGGUGGCUCCACACAAAUUACCUUCCUACCUAAUGGACCUCUGUUUUCUGAAGAAUACCAGGUUACCGUAGCUGGGAAGAGAUACCAGCUGUACGUACAAAGUUACCUGCAGUAUGGAUCGAAUGGGAUGAAGAUCAAGGUCGCCGACCAUCUCGUGGCUAAAUCUCCAGGUCAGAAGGAAAUCAAGAAUCCCUGUAUGUUGAAGGGCGAUCACGCCGUUAUAAAUCUUGACGGCCGUAGGAUCAACCAGACGGGCACCAGCGGGCCAUUGGACUGUCUGGAGAUUCUGCGAGAAAUUCUCAAGCCCUACACAGGCAACAAGUGUCAGCCUAAGCCGUGUGCUAUUGGAUCUGUCUACCAGCCGAGUGUGGAGGACAUCCAGUUUUUGGCCACUCAGGUGUUCCAACACGCGCCCAACGAUCUUAAAGCCGUUGGCGAUAACAGGCUCCUAAACAUCAGCCAUUUGGAAGAGAUGGCUAUAGGUCACUGCAAUAAGAGCAUGCAAGAUAUUUCCGCGGACAAGUCGCGGUACGCCUCAGAGAAUUGUCUGAUGGGCUUGUACAUCCCCACCCUGCUCACCACCUCCUACGGCUUCAGGCGGAACACGAGCAACAUCCGGUUUGCACCCAAGUCCAGCAACAUAGACUGGGCACUUGGUGCCAUGCUAGUGGAGCUGUCCACUACCUUCAGCCAGGACAAGUCCCAGUACAUGGUCACCUGCCCGCCGCCAUCAGGUCACAGCAAGUCUGACAAUUCCAGCCCUCGACACACAGCCGGCUGUCUAGUCUUAUUCUUCAGUGUCCUGGUUUUACUCGUGUAACUGUCUAGUCUUACUUGUCUAUGUGCUUGGAAUUGCAAGUGUGAGAAUGAGAUUUCAAUGGAUUUGAGUGUAGGAUAUUUCAAUGUAUGUAUGUGUCCAGAUUUGACUGCGUGAAUCCUAUUUGCAUAAAUAUAUUAAGGGACAUAAUCACAGAACUAAACAAUUCAGCCCUCUUAGGUAUUGGGAAACUUCCAAGGAUAAUCUUUUGUUAACACCAGAGGAUAGAUGACCCCAGGAGGGAGCUGGGUGUCACACCAUUACAGCAUCUUUUUUCCCCACCAUGAGACAUAACUGGGUUUUUUUUUUACUUUUUUUUUAAUUGUUGAUCUAUUUUUUUUACACACAUGGAAUUUCUAUUGAUGUCAUACAUUUGUUGUAUUUUUUACAUGCAAUAAUUUAACUGCCUUAAUACAACUUUAGGUAUAUACAUGUGAAACCUUGUACUUUUCAUUAUUUUCUUCUUGAAAUAAAAAUAAUUAAAAUAGA